UGAAAGAACCAGGAAACUGAAAGUGUUCUUUGUUUUCUCUCUCCCGGAAUUGAGGAAGACAGUGAGCUGCUAACUAACCCGGGGCCUCAGCUUCCACACCUCUGAGAAUGCUGUUCUCAGAUGACUUCAGUACUUGGGAGCAGACAUUUCAAGAACUGAUCCAGGAGGAGAAGCCCGGGGCCAAGUGGACCCUGCAUUUGGAUAAGAACAUUGUACCAGAUGGUGCAGCCCCGGGAUGGAGGCAGUACCAGCAGACCGUGCUUGGCAGGUUCCAGUGUUCCAGAUGUUACAGAAGUUGGACCUCUGCUCAGGUGAAGAUCUUGUGCCACAUGUACCAGGACACUUUGAAAUCACAGGGCCGGGCGCUCAUGAGGAUCUUUGGUCAGAAGUGCCAGAAGUGUUUUGGGUCUCAAUUUGAGACUCCCGAGUUCUCCACAGAGAUCAUCAAAAGAAUUCUGAAUAACCUAGUUAAUUAUAUUCUGCAGAGAUACUAUGGGCACAGGAAGAUAGCAUUGAACUCGAAUGCAUCUUUGGGCGAGAAGGUGCCUUUGGAUGGGCCCCACGACACACGCAAUUGUGAGGCAUGCAGUCUAAACCCUCAUGGAAGAUGUGCCCUUGCACACAAUGUAAGACCAUCCAGAUCCCCAUCUCUAUCACCCAAGAGUUCCUCUCCAUCAAAGAGCUGCCCUCCUCCACUUCAGACCUGGAAUACGGAUUUGGGGAAUAGAACUUUUCAGGAACGUGAAGAGCCCCGUGAAAUAGGGCUACCACUAUUAAUGAUUUUUUCUACUGCUGCACUUGCCCUUUUUAGUCUCUUCACUAGAUAAUAGGUUUGCCGUCUUGUUUUAAUACCAUGGUGAUCAAUAAAAUGGGUGUCAUUUCAAUAGGACAGUGACUUCGUAUCAGAUUAAGUAAGUUUGAGUAUAUAGAAUAAACCUGCUUUCCUGGACAUGCUCUGAAAAUAGCCUAAACCAUGCAUGGCCCAAACAUAAUGGACCUAAUAAAAAUUUUGUAUUGAGUUGCUGAACUGUCUGCACUAGCUUGCUCACCUAUUGUUCUCAAGCUAUGUCGAUUAAAUAAAUCUUGAUGAUAACUUACUUUAACAGUCACCUGUGCUAUGAGAUACAAAGUGGCAGCCAGAGUAAGGGAGUACCUGAUUGGGCCCCUAACAAGGUGCCCCAUGAAAAAUCAUGCAACAUAACAGACCUGGUAUAAGGGAGUUUUAUUGUGGGGGAAACGGGGAGCAGGGACCUAGAGAAGUGGGGAGCAGAGUUAUGGGGACAGAGAAGGGGGGCAGAGAAGGACAGAGGGAGGGGCUGGCCAGGAACACAAGAGAACAGAGAGAAAGAGGAAGGAGGAGGGCAGCUGGGAGUGAGCAGUCCUCUAUUGGCUACCCAUGCCCCACCUGGCUCGAACCCAGUGGGCAGCAGGUGAUGACAUAAGCCUAGGUCCCUGGGAGAAGCCUAGUGGAAUCUUCUGUUAACCAACAAUGAGUAUUAUUGUAAAUUUACUGCGGCAAACUGGGUGAUGCUCCCCCCCACACACCAAAAGUACCCUUCCCCAUAGCCUCUAGAAUUUGUGAAUAAACUGUAUUUGUUGGAAGAA